CGCCAAGAUCCCUCUGGGAUCUCUUGUUUUGUUUUGUUUUUUAACAGUUUCUGAUUCUGACGUGCAAAGCAAAACUGAAAGCAUGGACAGAAUGCCGUCUGAUACAUGUAAUGAUUCUGAUGUAUCAACAGUGUAUGAUGAGUUGGAAACACAAGGAAACGAUAUUGAUGGUUGCAGAAGAUCGCCUGAUGCAGAUUUACCAGCAAAUUCCAGUGACAAAACCAAAGAUUCUGACUCUGACGUGCAAAGCAAAACUGAAAGCAUGGACAGAAUGCCGUCUGAUACAUGUAAUAAUUCUGAUGUAUCAACAGUGUAUGAUGAGUUGGAAACACAAGGAAACGACACUGAUGACUUGAAUACUACACCUGUUUCAGUCACAGAUUCUCAAACAAGUACUGGUAAUGAAAUCAAAGUCACACCUGUUUCCCAUGGAAUGAAUGGACAGAGAGUUUAUGACAAAAGGCAAGCUUGUUACUAUUGUGGACAGCUAUUUGCUAAAAUUUCUGAACACUUGGAAAAUAAGCACAAGGAUCAAAUGGAGGUGGCCAGGAUUAUUGCUAUGAAAAAGGGAAGCAAAGAGAGGACAUUGGCAUGGAAAAAAAUUAGGAACAUGGGUAAUUUUCAGCACAAUGUUUCAAUUAUGUCAACACAUGAUCAAAAUGAUAAUGAUUUGCAGUUGAUUGUGGAUAGACGUCCGAAGAAUGUCAGGUCCUUGAAAGAAUUCUUGCCUUGUAGUUUUUGCCUGGGAUUUUUCCUGAAGAGUGAACUCUGGCGCCAUUCUAAGACCUGUCCUUUGAAAAUGCAAGGCUCCGAGGAGCAAAAGGAGACACGUGUACAGUUAUCAUCUAAGUUACUGCUUGAAUCAUCAAUGGCUUUGACAAAGAACAGUAAGGUAGAUCAAGAGUUUUUAACAGUUGUUACUGGUAUGAAGCAAGAUGAUGUGCUAGACUGUAUUAAAAGUGACAAUUCACUUAGACUUCUCGGUGGAAGCAUGAUCCAAAAAGUGGGUAAGUCCAGAAUAGCUAAUGUUAGACAAAAACUUCGGGAAUUGGGUCGUUUGCUAAUUGAAAUGCGCAAAACAACUUCUUUACAAAACUUCAAUGACAUUCUCAAACCUGGAAAUUUCGAUAACAUUACUGAGGUUGUUUGGAACAUUGCUGGAACAUCACAGUCAGGUGAGGAAGCUUUUACAAAAAGAGGUCUGCCAAAAUAUGAGAAGCCAUCUUUGGCUUUAAAACUUGGACAUUCUUUGAAAAAAAUGGCAGAAAUGAAGCGAGGAUGUGCAAUACGAAAUGGAGAUGAAGUGGGGCGAAAAGAGGCUGAAAACUACAUUAUAUUGCAUGCAACUGAAUGGAAUGACAAGAUCAGUAGCCAUGCUUCUCGGACGCUGUCGGAACGUCAUCAUAAUGAUCCAAACCUCCUUCCACUAACAGAAGAUGUGGUAAAGCUGAGGCGCUAUCUUCUUAAUGAACAACAACGCCUUAUUCCACUGUUGCGUAGUACUCCGUCAGUCAACACCUGGAGAAACUUGGCACUGGUUGCACUUACUCGUGUGACUGUCUUUAAUAAAAGGAGGGGAGGUGAGACAGGACAAAUACUUCUGGAAACGUACAAGAACAGAACCAACUGGAAUGAGGCUGGUAAUGCUGAAGUACUUGGUACCCUUCAACCUCUUGAGAAGAAACUUCUGGAAAGACUUCAACUUGUGGAGAUUGUUGGAAAAAGAGAACGAAAAGUGCCAGUUAUAUUGACAGAAGAUAUGAUCAACGCCAUUGAUACAUUGAAUGCGGCAAGGGACGAUAUUUUAUUGCCUGUCGAAAACCAAUACCUCUUUGCAGCUCCAACAACAAAAGAUGGUUACUUGAAGGGAUGGGAUGCACUGCACUUUAUGACACAAAAUGCUGGUCUCACCAAACCAGAACUCAUCACUUCGACCAACAUGAGGAAAUAUAUAGCAACAGUUUCACAGAUUGUAGACCUGAACUCAAAUACAGAGCUUGAAUGGUUGGCAAAUCACAUGGGGCAUACACUGUCAGUACAUCGCCAAUACUACCGGUUGCAAGAGCAGACACUUGAGCUUGCUAAAGUUAGCAAACUAUUAAUUGCUUCAGAUGCUGGACAUGCUCACAAAUAUGCAGGGAAAUCACUGGACAAUAUUGCAUUGGAAGAUGUUGAGGACUUUCCUGACUUAGAGGAUGAACCUUUGAAUGAUAAGUCAUGCCCUUACUGGCAUAUCAUUGUGAUCGUGUCCGCACAAUUUAUAAAGAAAAAAAUUGACGAUAGCAAUCCACUCAUCCAGAAAAUGAGAUUGGGGGUAUUUCUCUUAUCAGGGAACAACUCAUUAGUGGAGGAAUUUCAUCACAGGUUGCCAGUCUGGUCAUCGAUUCCUGGAAAGACUCAACGAAGAAACAGUAUGGGUGUUAUUUCAAAAAAAUGGAUGCAGUUUUGCUUACAGAGACAAAAUGAUCCACUUAAACCAACUGUGACUCAAAUAUUAGAAUUUUUGAACAUGUUAUUCCAAUCAGGACUUGGUUAUAGUGCGUUGAAUACAGCAAAAUCUGCUAUCUGUUCAUUUACAUCUGUUAAUACCACUACGAGUGAUGUUGGAUUGGGGAAUCACCCCUUGAUUAAGCGUUUUAUGAAAGGUGUUUUUUGUAAUAGACCUGCAUUGCCCAAAUAUUCUACUACUUGGGAUGUUUCCAUUGUGCUUAGAAACAGUUAGGUAAUGAUUUAACAUUAUUACAAUUGUCUUGUAAAGUGGUCACACUACUGGCAUUAGUAACAGGGCAACGUGGACAGUCUAUUCACAAUUUACAUAUUACAGACUUGAAUUUCAUGGCCGACAGAUUAGACAUUAAGUUUUCUUCUAGUUUGAAAACUACUAAGCCAGGAUAUCACCAGAGUGAUAUUCAGGUGAAGCGCUUUACAGAGCCAGGUUUGUGUAUAGUUUACCAGCUAGAACACUAUAUAAAGAAAACCAAGGACAUUAGACUGUCAAAUUCUUGUAAUGAGGAUUUAUUAUUCAUUGGGACAGUUAUGCCUCAUCAACCGGUAUCUCGAGAUACUAUCUCAAGAUGGAUUAAAACUACAUUAAAAGAGGCUGGGAUAGACAUUAAUAGAUUCUCAGCACACAGUACACGAGGAGCCAUAUGUAGUGCAGCUGCUAAAGCUGGGAUUCCAAUUAACACUAUUCUUAAAACAGCCGGAUGGAAGGCUGAUUGCACUUUUCGCAGGUUUUAUGAUAAACCAGUGGAGACAAAUGUCUCUUUUGCAGAUAUCAUAGAUUUGUGACAUUAAUUUUCUAAGUUUUACACAUAUAGGCAUAUAUAUAUAACAUUUUGGAACAUAAGGACAAGUAUCACAUGAUUUUUGUCAUGAGCUCACAUGAACUUUGUCACGAGCCUGUCAAUUUCAGAGUUUGUCAUAUUUCUCUUGGAAUAUCAUUAUGAUUAUGCCUUAUUGUUUGAAUGAUCAGUUUACAAUAAUUUUAAAGGCAGUCAUUAAUUAAGAGUAUUAUGUUUGAUGUAUAUUAGUAAGACUAUUGCACGUAUUAUAUAGACGUGUGAGUAUAUAGCUGCUUGAUAUGUAUGUCAUUUGUUCUUGUUUGGAUUGUUUUGAUCAUGAAUUAUAGUGUAUAUAAGUUUAUGGUU